UUGCCUGUACCCAUUGGGACAGUUCUAAAAUUCCAUAGGGACAAUCACAUCAUCUUUGCUUCUACUUCCUGCUUCAUUCUUUGCCUUGUUCCUCUUUUUAGAAAUAACAUGUUAACCAUUAUAUAGCCAAAGAAUAGCAUUCUGACUUCUGCCCUAUGACUUCCUGGUCUUAUAAAUACAAGGACAGCGCUGGGUUCCUGUGAGCCCAGGAGUCCUCAGGCCAGCUCUGGACUGCCCACUGGGAGGAUGAAGGUUUCUGUGGCUGCCCUUGUCUUCCUCAUCCUUGCUGCUGCCCUUGGAUCCCAGGCCCGUGUCAUACACGAUACAGAGACAAGGGAACUCGUGAUGGAAAAGCUUCCGCUUGGAUCUUUAGUAUUGGAUGAAGCCAUGGAACUUCCUGCUGAUUGCUGCUUAUCCUACACAUCAAGAAGCAUCCGCUGUGUAUUCAUGAGAGAUUAUUUUGUAACGAACAGUAGGUGUUCCCAGCCGGGUGUCAUCUUCUACACCAAGAAGGGGCAACGUGUCUGCGCCAACCCCAGGGACAGUCAAGUUCAAGACUGCAUGACAAACCUGAAGCUAAAAUCAGAUAUCAGGGGCCCACGAAUAAGGACACUUGCUCACAGGAUGGAACACCAGUGGCCAGACAAUCCACCUCCAGCUGUCUUGCCCCAACUGCCUUAUGAGCAUCCCUUGGCCUGAAUUAUUUUUCUAAAAACAACAUUUAUUCUUCUGUUCUGGUUUUAAAGCAAUACAUCCAAUAAAGAAUAUCUAAUCUGCUUUGCUU